AUGGUUGAUUCAAAAAUUUCACUUCUACCAACUGGCAUUGUUAUUGUUUUCGGUUUGGUUUUAAAUGGUGCCGGUGUAUUUACACCGGCUUGGAUUGUCGCUUCAGCCUCCUAUGGAAAUGAUACGUAUAGGGUUUCCAUAGGGAUUGUUCCCUAUUACACUGAAAACCCAGGAUGGUUCAAUGCAGCAAGUAUCCUAAUGUUCACUUCAUUUGCUCUUUACAUUCUCAUGGCUCUCAAUUUUUCAAUGGUUUGCUAUAGAGUUCAUCAAUCAGGCUAUUCACGUAGAAUUCGAAAAUACAUUUACAGUCUUGCAUUGACUGCAGUAUUUAUAAUUGGUAAUACAAUUACUGCUGUUAUUUUAAUUGGUGUCAAUGCAUCCACAUUCAAUAACAUUAUACAAACAUAUACAUUGAAUUAUUCCACAUGGCUUUGUGUUGCAUCUGCUGCAAUUUUAUGUAGCGCUUUGAAGUUGUUAUCUGAAAUCGAAAUUGGUUGUCGUUGA